AUGCCUAUCACUAACAAGGAGGCUGCUCCCGGUGCUGCCAUGAAGGCCGAGAUCGAGGACUACACCAAGGCCCUGGAGGUCGUGAAGACCUACACCGUUCGGGAUGGUCUUGAUAUCGAUACUCUGCUGGACUCGGACAAGCACGGAGCUCUGACUUACAAUGACUUCCUCGUCCUGCCCGGCUAUAUCGGCUUCGCCGCCUCCGACGUUAGCCUGGACAGCCCCGUCACCAAGCGCAUCUCCCUGAAGGCUCCCCUCCUGUCCUCGCCCAUGGACACUGUCACUGAGCACAACAUGGCCAUCCAUAUGGCUCUGCUCGGUGGUCUGGGUGUCAUUCACCACAACUGUGCCCCCAACGACCAGGCCGAGAUGGUCCGCAAGGUUAAGAGAUACGAGAACGGCUUCAUUCUGGACCCCGUCGUUCUUGCUCCUACUGCCACUGUCGGUGAGGCUAAGGACCUCAAGGCCAAGUGGGGAUUCGGUGGCUUCCCUAGAACGGAACCCUUCCGUUCCAGGCUUAUUGGUAUGGUCACCUCUCGUGACAUCCAAUUCCACCACGACCUGAAUGACCCCGUCACCUCUAUCAUGGCCACUGAUCUGGUCACCGCCCCCGCUGGCACUACUCUGGCUGAGGCCAACGAGGUUCUUCGUCAGUCCAAGAAGGGCAAGCUGCCCAUUGUCGAUGAGGCCGGUAACAUUGUCUCGCUGUUGUCUCGCUCGGACUUGAUGAAGAACCUGCACUACCCUCUGGCCUCCAAGCUCCCCGACUCUAAGCAGCUCAUCUGUGCUGCUGCGAUCGGUACCCGCGAGGAGGACAAGGCUCGUCUUAAGCUCCUUGUUGAGGCUGGUCUGGACAUUGUUAUCCUAGACAGCAGCAACGGUAGCAGUAUGUACCAGGUCCAGAUGGUCAAGUACAUCAAGGAGACAUUCCCCGACAUUGAUGUUAUUGCCGGUAACGUUGUUACUCGUGAGCAGGCUGCUGUUCUGAUUGCUGCCGGUGCCGAUGGCCUGAGAAUUGGCAUGGGUAGCGGUAGUGCCUGUAUCACCCAGGAGGUCAUGGCUUGUGGCCGUCCCCAGGCUGCCGCUGUUCGCAGUGUUUCUGCCUUUGCUGCUCGUUUCGGUGUUCCUUGCAUUGCCGAUGGUGGUAUCCAAAACGUUGGUCACAUCGUAAAGGGUCUGGCCAUGGGUGCUAGCACUGUCAUGAUGGGCGGUCUGCUUGCCGGUACCACCGAGUCCCCUGGCGAGUACUUCGUUAGUAACGAGGGCCAGCUCGUCAAGGCCUACCGUGGUAUGGGCUCCAUCGCCGCCAUGGAGGACAAGAAGGCCGGUGCCAACAGCAAGGAUAGCAAGGCUUCCAACGCUGGUACUGCCCGUUACUUCUCUGAGAAGAGCAACGUUCUGGUCGCCCAGGGUGUUGCUGGCUCCGUCCUUGACCGCGGUUCCGUCACCAAGUUCAUCCCUUACCUCAUGGCUGGUGUCCAGCACUCUCUCCAGGAUAUGGGUGUCGAGAGCCUGGACAACCUGCACCAGGGUGUUAACAACGGCACUGUCCGCUUUGAGAUGCGCAGUGCCAGUGCUAUGGCCGAGGGUAACGUCCACGGUCUGCACAGCUACGACAAGAAGCUUUACUCGAUGCCACGCGCAAAGGAAGACGGCCAAAAAAAGAAACAGCCGGCUGUGGCAAGACCGAGUUCGAGGUGCGUUGACUCUCGGCAUUUGAUGCCUAAAGCCCGACGGAUUCGACCGAAUCUGGACCAUUGUAGAAGCAUUCGAUUUAUCGUAAUUCUUGUUUCUCCGAAGAACGAGAUUCUUCUGCUGCAUCGAGUGCAGACAUCCAGCUCUUUUGCCUCUGCCCACCCAAGACGGGCCAUGUCCUCCCCAGAAGAUCAUGCCCACCACGAUGAUGGUCCUUCAUAUCGACAUGCAGCGAUCAGAGAGCUUUUCGAAGAAAGUGGCAUUCUACUUGCUAAAGACAAAGCCUCUGGGAAGAUGCUUGUAGUCGAUGAAGCAACCAGGGAGAAAGGCCGACGCCUUAUUCAUCAAAAUCAAAUUACCUUUGGCGACUGGCUAAGGCAGCAGAAUGCAACAGCUGAACCUGAUAUAUCUCCGUUGAUUCCGUUCACGCAUUGGAUUACCCCAAUUCAUAACCCCAAACGCUAUACAACCCAGAUGUACCUCUAUUUCAUGCCACUCCCUGUCAAUAUAGACAAGAAAUUGCUGGAAGGGCUCCCUACUGAGGGCGAGCGGGAUGAGAUUCAAGUUCCGACCAGCGAUGGCGGUGUUGAAGUCACCGAGGCGCAAUUUCUUCCAGCUGCCGCAUGGCUUGAUCGUGCACAGAAAGGAGAUAUCAUUCUCUUCCCUCCGCAGUUCUUGCUUCUACAUUUGGUAUCCGGAUUUCUUGAUCAAAAGCCUCAUUCGACUGUCUCCAAUGGAGAAAUGGAGAAACGCCGGGCGGCACUGAUUGAAUUUGUACAUUCGGGUUCUCCCCCAUGGACGGACAAGUAUAUUUCACCCAAGAUGCUAAAGUCAACCGAGGAUGGCCGGGUGGUUUUGGCUUUAGAUGAUGCCGGGCCCGAGCUGAAGGGCUCUGACAAGCGAGGCGAGUCUGAUCGAGUUGUCCUUGUACGAUUCACAAAGGGAAGUGCGAGAGAAGUGACUGUGGCAUGGAAGAAAGAUGCCCUACGUGAAGGCAAAGAAGGUCGGAGCAAUCUCUAG